CUGGGGUUGUGAUGUCUUUUGUGCGGACGGUCAGGAUGCGGGUCCCUGCUGGCACCGCCAAGCCUGGACCGGCCAUCGGACAGGCGCUUGGUCCUCUGGGCAUCAACAUGAUGGAGUUCUGCAAGAAGUUCAACGAAGAGACCAAGCACAUCGUGCAGAACACGCCCAUGCCUUGUGAACUGACGGCCUACACCGACAGAAGCUUUACGUUCAAACUGAGCACGCCGCAGACGACGUGGAUGCUCAAGCGGUGCGCGGGUGUAGAGAAGGGCGGGUCCAGAGCCGGUCACGAGUAUUGCGGAAAGGUCGGUCUCAAGGCCCUGUACGAGAUCGCAAAGGUGAAGAACGCAGAGGACCACAGCGUGCUGCUUCCCCUGGAGAGCGUUUGCAAGUCCGUGAGGGCGACGGCCCUGUCGAUGGGGCUGGAGAUAGUGGACGACAGAGAGUCUCUCAAGCAGAAGGGCGGCGGCUUGUGA